AAAAUCAUAUCGUAAAUAUUUCUCAUUUUUUCUUGACAACUUUUAAUUAUUAUUUUUGUUAUAAAAUGAUUAAUAAUAUAAAAAAAAUAGUAUAAAUGCGCAUAUAGGAUAGGUAAAGAAAACAAUAAAAUUAAUCAAAUAUUUGAGUUAUUUCCUGAGUGCAUAAAUUUGGACGUAAAUAGACAAAUAGGAUUACAGGAAAAUUCAGUUGCAUUUAAUACGAAAUAACAUAAUGUUGUGGCAACUCUGAAUCAAACCAUUGAUCAUCGAAAUAUGACGUUUCAAGAAUUUUUAGAAAUUGUGUCGAAAUAAAUGUAAGAAUAUUUUUAAAGUAAAAGUUAAUAAUAAUUAAAAGAAAAAUUAAAGUAUCAUAGUAUAAUAUAAGAAGCAAUAGUGAACAAUUUCAAAUUAAUAAUUAAAGAACAAUUAUCACAUCAAAAUGUCUUCAUAUGAUAUAAGUGAUAUACCGUUAUAUAAAUUCUGUUAAAAAAUUCAAUUUAUUCUUUAACAUCAACAUGAAAAUCUCUUAUUAUUACAAUAAAUCAAUGUUUGAUAAUUAAAUUAAUUAAUAUUAAUAUAAAUAUUUUGAGAUUAAACAAAAAUGACAAUUGAUUUAUCAACAGUACCACUUGUUGCUUUAUCUAUCGAAUCUACACAAGUUAUUUCAUCAUUAUUAAAUUCGCCAAAAGUUCUUCCUUGCGAAAAUAAAUUACCAAGAGAUUGGAGAGGUCUCGCUCAUUUAUGCGAAUUAGGCGGAGAAUUAAUGCCCUUACUUAUAUCACAUCCAGAUCCAACUGCAUAUAUUUUAACAUAUUGGAAAAAAAAACAAAAAAAUAUUACAAUUAAGGAUUUUCAAAAUUUGUUAGAAAAAAUCGAUAGAUGGGAUAUCUUAGAUGAUACAUUAAAGCUUUUUGUAAGAGAUGGUGAAAAAUAUUUGGAACAAUUACAAAAGUCUCAAACAUCAGCUGAAAAAAUUGAAAAUGACACUGAAAUAGAAAUUCUUACUAUAGAUGAUUUCUAUAGGAAAGAGCAAGGACUAUCGGAACAAAAUUAUGAUGCAUUUAUAUUAUAUGCUGAUGAAGAUAUUAAAUUUGCUAAUGAAAUGGUGGAUAAACUUGAAAAGGAAUAUAAUUUGAAGCUUUGUUUAAAAGAUCAAUUACUUGGUGGAAUUACAUUUGAACAUGAAGCAGUAAUGAAAUUAAUAUCAGAACGCUGUAAUAGGCUUAUUGUUAUUAUAUCACCAAAUUUUCUUAAAAGUUCAGCAAAUAAAUUCUUUCUGAAUUAUGCUCAAGCAUUGGGCAUUGGAAGCCAACAAAGAAAGAUCAUACCAUGUUUAUAUGAAAGAUGUCAAUUACCACCUCAAUUACAAUUUAUGGUCAUAUUAGAUUAUAAUAAAUUGGUUUCAUAUAAUUUUUGGGAAAAAUUAAGAGAUUCCAUACAAAUAUCAAAUAAAAUAAAAGAAAAUCUAAAUAUUUUUCCCAUAAAAAAUGACAGCAAUCUGAAUGUGAAUAAUGAAAAUGAUAAAGAUAAACAAAAUACAAAUAAUGUAGAAAGAAAGGUUGAAAUAGAAAAGCUUCAAAUACAAAAUAAAAAAAAAACAUUUGAUACAAAGGAAAAUUCAAACCAAUUUGAAUUUGUCAGUAUAAAUAAUAAUUCAAAGGAUAAUAAUAAAAAACACAAUCAUUUUUUACUAUGGUCUAAAAUGUGGUCUAAAAAAGGAGAAAAUAAUAAAAAAGAUGCUUCAAUUACAAAAACAAUUAGUUUACCAUCUAUUGAAUCUUUGGAUACAUUAAAUUCAUCAAGAGAAUUAAUAGAAAAAAAGAAUAAAACAAGACUUAUAGAUAAAUAUAUAAAAAAGUGCAAUUUAUUAAGUUAAUAUUUUUAAAAUAUUUGUUAAAUUGUAAAAAAACAUUUAUUAAUUAAUUAUUUUAUUUUAUAAUUAAAGAAAUAAAACUGUAUUAAUAAAGUAUAUAAAUUCAUAAUAUAGAUAUAAAAUAUAUAUAAUUAUGUAUAUAUAAAUAAUAUAAGAUAAAUUUAUAUUAAACAUUUUUUUAUUUAUAUAUAUUUAUAAGAAAAAAUUAAAUCUUCAUGAUUCAUUAACCUUUCAUUCAUUGAGUGUAAAUAGAAUUAUCAAAAUUUAAAGAAAAUAGAUAUAUUAUUAAUUUAGAUAUGAAAUAUUAUUAAUUUUCUUAUAUGUAAAAAUGUAAAUAUAUAUUAUAAGAAUAUAUAAUAUAAAUUAUGUAUGAAUUAAAAUAAAUUAAAAUGAAUCCUAAUUGAAAUUUCAGGAAAGGAAAUCCAAUUAUAUAAAUAAAUAAAAAUAAAAUUUUUAAAAAAAA